GAAAAUUGUAAAUCUACUGAUAUUCCCAAAUGUUGUAAAUCUUUAAACCAUUUGUUAUAUGAUCAGAUAAUUAAUAAUUUACUUUCUAUUUGCACUAUCUUAUCACUAUACAGUAAUCUUCAAAAAUUGCGUGAUGAGAAAAAUUUAAAUUUGGUAAUAUGUAAUGAGCAUAAGGAGGACCUUAAAUAUGAAUCAUAUAUAGAGCUUAAUGUAUUAAUUACACCAUACAAGGAUUUUAAUGCAUAUAAAGCAUCAAGUAAACCAAAACAAAAAAAGGAAUGA